GCUGCACCGUUGCUGUCAUAGACACACAGGAGGAUGGCUCAAACCUGGGGCAACUAUUUCUUAUCUUUAUUGGAUUACAAAACAGAGAAAUUUGUCGUCGCUAAAAACAAAAAGGUCGGUGUUCUGUUCCGACUCUUUCAGCUGGGGGUUAUUGGAUAUCUGAUCGGGUGGGUUUUUAUUUGGAAGAAAGGAUAUCAGGAGACCGAGGAAGCCAUCCAGAGUUCUGUGUUUACCAAAGUCAAGGGCGUAGAUCUUACCAACAUCUCUGCACAUGGUCUUCAACUAUGGGGGGCAGAGGAUUAUGUCAUCCCUUCGCAAGGUGACAGGGUCUUCUUUAUUGUGACAAAUUACCUAGUGACUCCAAACCAAAGAUUGGGUUUUUGCCCUGAGAAUCCAAAGGUGCCAGAUGGCAUUUGCACUAGUGAUGAUGACUGUUCAGAAGGGGAAAGUGUCAUGGCAGGCCACGGAGUGAAGACAGGCAUCUGUCUGAACGAAACAGGGACAUGUAAGAUUCAUGCCUGGUGCCCUGUUGAGGAAGGCCAUAUACCACAGGAUCCCAUGCUGGCAAAGGCAGAAAACUUCACAGUCUAUGUAAAGAACUUCAUCAAGUUUCCAAAAUUUGCCUUCUCCAAGUCAAACGUCCUACCGACCCGCAACCGCACAUAUCUGAAGACAUGCAGAUAUGAUAGAAAGUAUCACCCCUACUGUCCUAUCUUUCGGCUGGGAGAUGUGAUACAGUGGACCGGCUACAGUUUUCAGGAUUUUGCAACAAAGGGUGGAGCUAUUGGAGUUGGAAUUGAGUGGAAUUGUGAUUUGGAUAAGGAUGAAUCCCAUUGUUUCCCGGAUUAUAGCUUCACACGUUUGGAUACCUCUGAAAAUUCAAACAUCUCUUAUGCUUCCGGUUACAACUUUAGGUUUGCUCGGUAUUUCAAAGAUCCAAGUGGGGAGACCUUCCGAAAUCUUUAUAAAGUAUAUGGCAUUCGCUUUGAUAUACUCACGAGUGGAAAGGCUGGAAAAUUCAACAUUAUUCCUACAAUGGUCAAUAUAGGCUCUGGGCUUGGUUUAAUGGGUGCUGCAGUUUUCGCCUGUGACAUGAUUCUCCUGUACAUGAUGAGCAAAAGUUCCUUCUACCGAGAGACAAAAUUUGAGGCGAUCACAAACACCCAAAGAAAAGAACCUGGGAAACACAGGGAAAAAAAGCAUACAAGACAUCAUGGUCACCAUACCCAAGAUAGACGACAAAAGCGGGAGAAGAAACAGGCAACAGAGAUGCAGCUGCUGACAUCAGAAUCAUGUCAGCCCAAUAGUAACCCAGAGAGAGAGAUCCGACCCACAGUCUCAGCACUCAAAACGCACAGUCCUGAGAGAAAGCCAAUGGGUUCAGUAUCAUUCAGGACUCAACAGGGUACAGAAAACCAGAUUAUUUCUCCUGUUUCGUCCUUGAGAACACCACGCCAGUAGUGUACCAGUAGAGAACCAGUAGAGGAUUUGUCUGAAACUGAAACCCUGUUGGAUUUACUGUGGAUGUACAAAAGAAGCUUUGACAACGGAUGAAUGCACCAUACCAAAAUGGAAAUGUUUCAGUGCUUUUUAAACUUUGUUUUUAGGUGGCGAUGGAAGUUUUUGUUACAAAGAAAUUACAAACCAGAACAUUAUGUUUAAAGUAAAUAUAUUCUAACAUUGUAUUUUGUUAAGUAAUCUUGGUCUUUUUUUAUUCCAUUAAGGUUUCUGCCUAAAUGCUUCAAAUGUUUUGGAGACAAAUACAAACAUGCUCACCAUGCACGGAAAAUCCUUCAAUGCUGUCUAGUGUUUACUGUAAAUAUAAAAUAUCUCCAAUACCUCAAAAGUAAAAGAAAAAAACGGAGGUGUCUG